AUGUAUGAGCCUCGGUACUACGAUAGCCCCCCUGUGUACAGCCCACCUUACAGCACUAACUCCCACAGCUUCUACCCCCCACGGAGCGUCCACUCCCCGCAGAGCCAGUAUGUCCCCUACACCAACAACGUCCCCCCGGACUCCCACUACAUGGAGGAGAAGCCUCAGCACUUCUACCGCUGGUUUUCUCCUCCUGGCUUCGUCAAAUCCUUCCAAGGAGCAACGGUCCUCAUGUGCUUUCUCAUCUUCGCCUGCGUGGCCUCCACCUUAGUGUGGGACAUGAAUGGAUUUGGGUACGGGGGCUACGGUGUCGGGGCUGCAGGGGGUGGUGCAGGGAUGGAGUCUGGAUAUUAUGGAGGCAGCUACGGCUACGGGGGCUCCUACAUGACGCCACAGUCUGCCAAGGCGGCGAUGAUCUCCAUGGCGGCCAUUAACUUCCUGGUCUCACUGGGCUUCCUGGUGGCCAGUUUCUCGCGGUCACGGAUCAUGAGGGGGUGCAGGUUCUACCUCACCAUGUUCAUCUGUGAUAUCAUCUUAGCUGUCCUUCAAGGCAUCAUUGACAUCAUCUUUGUGAUUGGGGUGAACCCGAUGUCUCAGAGCUCACAGAGCAUGCUCUACAAUCCCAUGCUGAUGAUGUGCCAGAGCAUCCAGGGCAGUCCCAGCCUCAGCGGCAGCAUCGGGGCCGGGUUUCCAGGCGGUUUCCCCAUGUACAACCAAUACCUGUACCACUACUGCUUCAUGGACCCCGAGGAGGCGGUGGCGUUUGUGCUGGGUCUGAUGGUGGUGUUGGCCCUGUCCCUGUCGGCUUACUACGCCUACAAGACCCGCAGCAAGAUCUGGCACCACGGCAAAGCUAACAUCUACUGGGACGCGCCGAGGGUCAGGUCUUCAGAGGGCCAGGAUGUACAGGACUGG